AUGGAUCUUGGCAAAGUCGCAACGAUCAUCCAGGCUCUGAACGCCUGCGAGGUGCUGUUCGGCGAUGUCAAGCCGAACCGCUUCGAAGUGAAGUCGUUCAAGGUGACGGAAGGCCAGAUCGAGUUGUUCGCCACAAAGGAUAACGCGGCUUCAUUUGAAACGUAAGCGAUUUUUUUAUUAUUUUUAGUAGAGCUUUUUUUAUUAGUUUUUAGUAGGGCAUUGGGGAUUUUGUUGAUACUUACAGGCUAAACCUUGCUUUUGCUAGCUUUUUCGGUGAAAUAAGAUUGAAAAAAUAAAUCUAAAUUACUUUUUUGGGAAUUCGAACGGCUACGAACUUGAGGGCUAGCUAAAAAGCGAGCCAGGGCUUGGGCUCACCUUGGCAAGAUGAAUUUUGGAGUAUGCCGAAUGAAAUUUUCUUUAUUCCGUAAUCUCCCAUUGUUUCUCCCACUCUGAAGAAAAUUUGUCCAAGCUAGGAGCCUAACAUAAUUUCUUUUCUAUUUUAUCUGUUUUCAGUGUCCCAAUCAAUUACACUGGUUCUGCCAUCCAUGAUAUUCGACUGCAAAUGUCGAUUCAAGGAAACAAGACAAUUGUUGGGGGUCAAGUGACUAUAAAAACCGCUACAGGCCUUCCGUAAGUUCGCAGCCUGGCCCGUUUUUGAAAAAGGUUUUUAUUUUCUGACACGGUUAAAAAUCAAAAAAAGAUUAUGGCUGCUUAUGCAUAUUUCCAUUUUUUUAGAAAUUGUGCGGUGAUUGGAGACGACAAGGAAUUGAAACAGGUCGCCGGUUGUAAUGCGGGCUUCUGCAUUUAUCUGUUUGGAGACGCGGUGUAUCGGAUAAGCGAUGACCCUAGCGAGUACUCUCGUAUAUUUAAGAAACCGGGGGAAGUAUAUGCAGAAAUAAAGCAGCCCAACAUCACUUGCGCCCAUCGAUUUGGAGUGGAUGACGUGAAGCGCGCGUUUUAUUUCAAGAAGAACGGCACAUGCAUGCAUGAGUUCUUUGACGGCUUCCAAAAUCCUUGGAGUCCAGUGGAAUGUGAUAGCUUCGUCCCCAUCACUUUGGAGCCGGACACUCCCUCGCAAUUUUAUCAUCUGGUAAGUCUGCGGGAAAAUUGGUAUUUUUUAAGUUUUGUUGAUUUUUUAAUGGUAUAUAAUUUUUUGAAUGUUUUGUUUUUGUAUAAAUUUUUUGUUUCAGCGACACCUCAUGAUUGUAACCGGCUGCGAGAUGCCCCGAUUGAUCACGGAGAACAUGAUUGAUAACACCUUUAUACAGUUCACCUUCAUCGAUACGAGUGUGACAACAACGUGAGUGUUUAUGUUCAUAAUAUAUAUUAUCUCUGACUUUUCCAGCAUCUCCACGAGUACAACCAUUGAUGAGGCCGCGGAAAUGAGACUCCUUGCGCUGGUAGCCGGAUGUGUGGGGGGUGGAACUCUGCUUGUUUUGGUAGCUACUUUAAUCGUCGUUUUUUUGGUGAGUUUCCUGGAGUUUUUAUCUAUGCACACUUUAAUUUUUUUAUUUGAUUUAAAAAAUUUUUGACUUUUAAUUUUUUUUUGUUUCAGAAAUGCCUUGGGAUAAACAUUUGCUGCUGCAAGAAGAAGAAGAAGGUGGCCCCCAAGAAAGCGCCCCCCGUGCCCGUCCGAAGACCCCCACAGCCCUAUGACCUGUAUCCGGAGUACAGUAUGGACGAGAAGACGAAAAGCAUCAAAGCGGAGCCGAAGGUGGAAAAGAAAGUGGCAAAGAAGCCGCGAAAGAAGAAGGUGAAGCCGGAAGAGAAGCCGAAGGUGGUGCAGGGAAUUGACAGCAAAGAAGUGGACUGCGCUCAGGAUUCGAUGGGGUAAGUUUCUGCAGUUCAAAUUUUUUGAAAUUUAGGCUUGGACUGGAGAUUAAAAUCAAUUUGAAAUUUUUGAAUUCGAAAAUUUUCGUUGCGGCAGAACUCUCCCCCUUUUUGAACGCUCCACCUCAUUUUGAAAAUUGAAAAAUGAGGUGUGACAUGUUAUACGAUGGAAACAUGUCACACCUAAUUUUUUCAAUUUGAAGAAAAAUUUUCAUCGUAUGACCGUAAGGGCGAGAGUUCAGGCUCAACCGAAAAUUUUUGCAGAAAAAAGUGAUUUGCGGUCUUUGUUUUGAGCACUCGUUUUUCAGAAACGUCGAUGAGAACCUGAAAUCCAUGAAUCCGUUGGACCACAUGCCUAUCGACGAUUUGGAGAAUGUCAAGUUGGUCAAUGAUCCCGAGUUUGACGGGAAGGUCCCCGAGGUCUUGGAGAACAUCCGAACCUACGUGUACGUGAAGAAGCUGGGCCAGGGCGGUUUCGGCGCGGUCUACAAGUACCGCGUGGGACACAUUGGCGAUGAAUUUGUGGCCAUCAAGUUUGUGAAGGCGUCGAAUGUCGAAGAACUCCGCUACGCCAAAAAGGAAUUCAUGCAGGCCCGGCAGAUCGAGCGGCUCUUGGGAGAGUGAGUUUGGGCGGGGGCAUUGGUCGGGCUUGCAGUGGGAAAAGGCUAUCUUUAUUAUGCAAUUUUUGGAGACUUUUGAAUUUUGAAAUCUUGGAAAGUUUACCUUAUUAUAUUAGCCAUUCUUUUCAGCCAAGACACCUUGAUCGUGACGAUCUUGGGAAUAGGCCGCAACGUGAGCGCCAUGUACAUGGUCAUGCCCUUCUACUACCGGACCUUGACCUUCCUUAUGUACGAGGAUGAGCCGCUUCCGCUCCAGAAGAAAUUGAUCAUCGCCUACCAUUUGUUGCGGCCAAUUUUGCAGCUCCAAAAGGUGAAGUACGCUCACUUGGACUUGAAACCGGAUAAUUACAUGCAAAGGAGUCCCUAUUCGAAUGCGGUAAGGACUUGGUGUUUUUGUUGCGUUAUUGCCAUUUGUUAUUCAUUCUUUUGUGAUGUCAUUUUCAGUGUAUUCUUUGCGACUUUGGACUGGCCAGACGUUUCGGUUGUAAGCGCGGCGGCGCCGAAGGCAGCGCCGACUACAUGUCAGUGGCGUCCCAUACCCAUCAACGCGUCACCCUGUUGGACGAUAUGCAGUCGUGGCUGAUCACGCUGAUUGCCAUCUUUCGGCAAGACCUUCCGUGGAGACUUGAAGGGAACCCGAGGGUAAGACCAACCUUUUUUGGCCAUGAUUGUUUUGCUUUUAGAUCAACUCAAAAGGGGAGGAGUCGGAGACGGGGUUGCACACCGAUCAGGCCGAUUACAGGGACAAGUUGUUCUUGAAGAACUUGUACUUUGAGAGUGUUGGGCGAAGUUCUGUCCAGGACACGGUUAUCUGCGAUUUGGCCGAAAUGAUCUGGUUCAAGGGCAGGAGAGACAUGAUCAGAAUGCAGGAAGAAGUGGUGGCUUAG